AUGAGAAUCCCCUCGGUGAAUGGACACAUCCACAGCGUGUCGACUGAUGUUCUCAUCAUCGGCACUGGGCCUGCUGGGGCGUCGCUGGCAUGUUUUCUUGCUUCUUAUGGAAUACGUGGCAUAAUGGUCAGCGCCAGCCCAACAAAUGCAGACACACCAAGGGCACACAUCACCAACAUGGCAGCCAUGGAAUGCCUCCGAGACAUCGGCCUAGAAAAAGAAUGUAACCAUCUCGCCUCGAACGGAUCCAACAUGAUGCAUACGCGAUGGGCAUACAGCAUGGCCGGCGAGGAAUACGCCCGCAUCCACUCCUGGGGCCACGAUCCCAAAAGAAAAGGCGAUUACGAAACAGCCAGCCCAUGCGACUCCGUCGACCUCCCCCAAACCCUCCUUGAACCAACUCUCGUUCGAUACGCCACACUGAACGGCUUCACCUGCCGUUUCGACACGACCUUUAUAGAAUUCACCGAAGAUGAAACCGGUGUCACGACAACCCUCCAAGACAACCUUUCCGGCGCACAGUACAAAAUCCACUCGAAAUACCUCUUCGGCGCAGAUGGAGCACGCAGCGAAGUCCUCCAACAGCUCGAUCUCCCUCUCGACAUCCGACCAGACCAGGGAACUGCGUUCAAUGUGCACAUCAAAGCUGACCUGUCGCAGUAUAUGCAGUAUAGAACGGGGAAUCUGCACUGGCUGCUCCAGCCGGACCGGGCACAUCCGGUGUUUGGGUGGGCGUGUAUAGCGCGUAUGGUGAAGCCGUGGGACGAGUGGUUGUUUAUUGUUCUUCCUGAUCGGCAGGCUGAGUUGGUUACUAAACCGACUGAUGAGGAGUGGUUGAAUCGGGUUAAAGAGUUUCUUGGUGAUGAUUCGAUUCCGGUGGAGUUGUUGGGUGUGUCCAAGUGGAGGAUUAAUGAGGUUGUUGCGAAGACAUACUCCAAGGGCAAGAUAUUCUGCCUUGGUGAUGCUGUUCAUCGUCAUCCGCCGUCGAAUGGACUCGGUUCGAAUACCUGUAUACAAGAUGCGUAUAACCUCGCAUGGAAGGUUGCCUAUGUUGUCAAGGGCCAAGCAUCACCCUCUCUCCUCGAUACAUACUCCAUUGAACGCCAACCCGUCGGCCACAGCGUCGUCACCCGCGCAAACCAAUCAUUCCGGCAUCACGGCCCAGUCUGGCAAGCUCUUGGAGUUGAUCUGCCGACUAUCGGCCAGCGAAAAGAAGCACUCCACGAACUGACUUUACCGACAAGAGAAGGACGAGCUCGUCGUGAAGCUCUCCAAGCUGCAAUUGAAGAAACAACACAUGAAUACCACGCACUCGGCGAGGAGAUGGGUCAGCAUUACGAGAGCUCGGCUGUCUACUCUGCAGAUGAGAAGAUGUCGUUUAGAGAGGAACAUCCUACUGAUAACGCCGUCUUGACAUUAACCCGGAGUACAUAUCCAGGAUGCCGUCUACCUCAUGUGUGGCUCAACAAUGCGGUUCCGAUAGAGCGGAUUUCCACAAUUGACCUCGCAGGAAAGGGUGCUUUCACCAUUCUGACUGGUAUUGGUGGCGAAGGGUGGAAGACAGCAGCAGCAGACGUUGCACAAAGUCUCAAUAUAACCGUCAACACAUACUCGAUCGGCUUCCGACAAGACUACGAAGACGUCUACUUUGACUGGGCACGAAUCCGCAACGUCGACGAAACAGGAUGCGUCCUCGUGCGACCCGAUCGUGUUGUGGCCUGGAGAUGCCCAGAGAUAUUAAGUGAUGCUGAAUGCAGGAUGAAACUGCGUGCUGUUUUACUGAGCGUUCUCGGGAGGAAAUAUUAG